CCUGCUGCCCAUUGGCACAGCAGCGGGAGCAGGAGGGCCGCAAAGGGGAGGGCCAAACGGGCCCCCUCUCCUCCCAGCAGCAGAAGAUGUGUGCUCCUCUGAGUGGGAACUGUUUGUGAAAGAGCUCAGAGUCCAGAGCCUGAGCGGUCAACUGUAAUUAUCAGGUGUUGUGAGCAGUUUUGGUCCCGACUGGACGUCCAGCAGGCCUCUCCAUCUGAAGUGCAGCCACAGAAGAAGAAGAACUCUUGUGGCUCUGUGAAGCGUGGAGGCCAGAGAGAGUGAGAGCGAGAAAGAGCAAGAGAGCAAAAGAUGGACACAUGCGCCUGCGCUUUGGAGUUGAUGGGGAUGCUGGUCUAUGUCGGAGCAUGGCUGUGCGCUUUGACCACCACUCUCUUACCACAGUGGCUGACCAUGUCCACUGCUCUGCUGCCAGUGGAGAGCUACGAGCAGGGCCUGUGGGAGACAUGCGUGGUCCAGGAUGUUGGGGGUAUGGAGUGCAGAGCAUACGACAGCCUGCUGGGCCUUCCCAGUGACCUCAAGCUGGCCCGUAUCCUCAUGUGUGCCUCUCUCGCCGUGGGCAUGCUGGGAAUGCUAGUGGCUAUACCUGGACUUCACCUGGUCAACAGCUGUAAAGAACGCAGAAGCUCCAGAACCAAGAGGACUUUAAUCAUCAUGGGAGGGGUGCUGGGGAUGAUCUCGGGGGUGCUGUGUCUGAUCCCCGUGUCCUACAUGGCCCAUUUAGCCGUGAUGCGUUUCUUUGAUGAGAAAAUACCUGAUGUGGUUCCCCGCUGGGAGUUCGGUGAUGCCCUGUUCUGCGGCUGGGUCGGAGGAUUUCUUCUCAUAGUGGCCGGGCUGCUUCUGCUCACCUCUUGCUCAUGUUCACAGGCGGAGCCUCCGCCUGGGCAGCAGCGCAGAUACCAUGUCAUGAAUACAGAUGUUUCCUUCAGGAAGCGCUCCGAGUACGUUUAAGGGACGAAUCAUAAAAUAAUGACCUGCAUAGAGACUGACGGCACAGCACAAUCAUCACCUGCAGAACUGCACUUCACUGCUUCAAAAAUAAUGACGGCAAUAUCUGGUUUAAAUCAAAGUCAACAACCCGUAUAAGGGUCGCUGUAUCUGUUUGUAAAGCAGUGACAAUGAGUUAGUCUAAAAUCCACCACCAAAUCCUCAGUGAAUUUGCAGCUACUUUGAAUGACUCACCUGCACAAUCCCACAUCACAUUUGAAAAGAACCUGCUGGGACCAGUAGAAAUGAAUGUUUUUUUAAAAGAUGUUUUAUAAAAUGCUUAUUGUACCUUAUUCUGAAGAGGCUUCAGGAUUCUUCUCCCAUCAGUGCCAACAAAUGAAGAAAAUACUAUUUCCAGUCUCUUUUGCAGGAUGCCUUAGCUUUUAAAAUGCUGUGAUUUUUAAGUUAUUCUUAAUACUAAAACCUAGAGCAAGCACACAUGAUGUUGUGCCUGGUUAAGUUUGCUUAUGGGCUGUAUUGUGCAGCACAUUCAAAUGAUUCACAUAAAGAAGUAUACUGAGCUUUUAUUGAAAAGUUGUCUCUUUGUUCAUGUUAAAAAAAAAAGUAAAUUUCUUGUUGUAUUUUCUAUUGGGAUAAACUGAAUAUAAUCAGUUUGUUUUGGUUCAUGUUAACACAAUGAGAAGCUGUGACAUGAAUCAGUAUGAAACAAUCAACCUAUUCUUCUUCAGUUAUGUCAGAGUUGGAAACAUGGCUGCUCUUUUGCUCUUUUCCCCAUCCGGUAGUCUGUUAGUCACAUAAACCUAUAACCUAUUUUGGUCUGAAGUGGUCCCUGGGGGGACUGAAAACAGCCGUCUUGGUCCGUCAGGUGUGUCUGGGGAGGUGGAAACACAGCUUGAGACUAAUUCCAUCAGAUUUCCUGGUCACUCGCUGAGCUAAGCUGUGUUUAAUGAAUGCUCUAAUGGGCAGUGUGUACUGUGAAGAAUGUAGAACAGGUUGGCCUUGCGGCUCCCGCUUGGACAUAAUUACACAAAUUUGCCAGGGUCAAAGGUCAGUUUUGCACUCCGAAACUGUCUGUAUCAUUUACAUAGACACUGGUACAGUGACAUAAAUGUGUUAUUGCAUGGGAGAAGUAUGACUUUUAAACCUUCACAUUCUAAUGAUGGUACUUUUUGUGUAUAGAAUGAAGUUAACGAGGGAUAAUGAUGUUGUCAGAGAAGCAUAUGUGGGCCGAGACAUGACAAACUUUAGAUUUUGAGGUUAUCUGCCAGUCCGGCCUCACAGAGCCAGAAAGCACGGAGUGUAUCGAGAGACACCCUCCUGUCCUCUGACGCCAGGCAGGCUGUGGGGGGGCCUGGUGUCUCCCAGUGUGAGGGCAGCUAUCAGCAGGGGAGGCAGCGAAAAACAACUGCAGAGAUGUUCUCCCCGAUUACCGUAAGACUCCAUUUGCUGGAGGGCCGGGCAGUGCAGCAACGUUAGGAAAUGACAUGUCGUCUACUAAUUAUAUUUAAAUGCAUCCGAUUGCAAACC